UUGUUGAGCGGCUGAACGAGGAGUACCUCGCUCUGAAGUUUCACAUCAUUUUUUCCAACACAACCUCCAUCAGACUCAUCACCAAAGACGAGCUACUACUCAGACGUAAAGCAUCGCUCUACAGAAGUCGUGAAAGGGAAGUUCAAGCUUCAAAUACCGUCAGUGAACGGCAGCCACGAUGUUUCACUCCAAAGUCAGUUUUAGUACCAUAAUCUUCGUGGUGGUCCUGCAGGCUGUCGUCAUGGUGUUGUUCUGCAGUUGGUACCUCCAGCUCUCUCCCUGUGGCUCCACCCCCUCGGACAAGAAGGUUCACGUUCUGCUGCUGUCGUCGUGGAGAUCAGGUUCAUCGUUCAUGGGUCAGGUGUUCAGCCAGCACCCGUCUGUCUUCUACCUUAUGGAGCCUGGUUUUCACGUCUGGACCAAACAUCCCAAAUCUGGGGUGCGCUCACUGCGAAUGGCGUUGAGGGAUUUGUUCCGUAGCUUAUUUCAGUGUGACUUCUCUGUCAUGGACUCGUACAUGCCAGAGCAUCCUCAACUUGCCUCCUUGUUCGGGUGGAUUAUGAGUCGAGCGCUGUGCUCCCCACCGGCCUGUUCCCUCACACCACGCAACCAGAUCAGCAACCAGACUCUGUGUGCAAAGAAGUGCAACGUCCAAGGCUUGCAGGGGGCAGAGCAAGCAUGCCUGACCUACAGUCACGUGGUGUUAAAAACUGUACGAUUCUUUGAGCUGGAAUCCCUCUACCCUCUUUUUCAGGACCCAAACCUGGAUCUGCGCAUCAUCCAUCUGAUCCGAGACCCACGGGCUGUAUACCGGUCUAGAGAGGAGUCUGGCUGGAUUUUGGCUCACGAUAGUGCUGUCCUUUUGGAGCACAGACAAGUACCAGCAGGUGAGGUGGAGUACGAAGCCAUUCAGGAGAUCUGUCGCAGCCAUGUUCGCAUCAAUAAGAGGGCCACGGUAAACGCCCCUCCAUUUCUGGAAGACCGCUACAGAAUGGUUCGCUACGAGGACAUGGCACAAGACCCACUCAAGGAAAUCGCCUCUUUAUAUUUUUUCCUGGGUCUGGAGAUGACCACAGAGCUGAAGGAAUGGAUCUACAAAAUGACCAAUGGAAACGGCAAGGGCUCCAAACAGGAAGCUUUCGAAAUCACUUCCCGGAGUGCUGUUGAGGUCUCCAGGGCGUGGCGCACCAUGCUGCCACACAGCAAGGUCAAACGUGUCCAGGAAGUGUGUAAAGAAGCCAUGUUGCUGUUGGGGUACAGGAUGGUUGAUAGCGAGGAAGAACAAGAGAAGCUGGACAUAGAUCUAUUCUAGGAAUUAUUAUUCGGGUUCGAGCAACUUGGUUGCAAGAACCCUAUUG